AUGAUAUCCAUAUAUUCAUUCUUAUGCCUGUUGUUGGCUCUCAUAGGCGCGGCAAAUGCCUAUGAGAACCCCGUAGUCCACCUGGACUAUGGCACCUUACAGGGCAAAUACGACACAACGUACAACCUCUCAUACUUUCGCAAAAUCCCCUUUGCCGCUCCUCCAACAGGCCAAAAUAGAUUCCGCGCACCCCAGCCCCCGUUGAAGCUGAACAGCAGCAUCUAUGACACCGACCAGACAUUCGAUAUGUGUCCCCAACGCACAGUCAAUGGGUCCGAAGACUGUCUAUACCUGGGCCUUUACUCACGCCCAUGGGUUCAAUCAGAAGAUACCAGAAGACCUGUCUUAGUUGUGUUCUACGGCGGCGCAUUCAUCGAGGGCGACGCGCUCUUCGGCAUCCCCCCGAACUCAUACCCGGUUCUCAACGCAAGCACUUUAAACGACUACAUCGUAAUAUACCCCAACUACCGCACGAACGCCUUCGGCUUUCUUCCCGGAAAAAGCAUCAAGGAGUCAUCGACCUCAGAUCUGAAUCCGGGUCUGUUGGAUCAGCAAUACGCGUUGAAAUGGGUACAGAGCAACAUCGACCGGUUUGGCGGGAACCCGAAGAACGUCAGUAUAUGGGGACAAUCUGCGGGCGGGGGUUCUGUUGUCGCGCAAGUACUGGCGAAUGGACGAAAUGGAAACCCAAAACUGUUUUCAAAGGCUCUUGCUAGCUCUCCUUUCUGGCCUAAGUCGUACAGGUACGAUGAGCCUGAAGCGGAAGCUAUCUAUAACCAGCUUGCCAAUUUGACUGGGUGUGCGGGCUCUAGUCAUGACCAUGAGACGCUUGAUUGUCUCAAAUCAAUUGAUGUACAGACCAUCCGGGAUGCGAGUCUGAUUAUCGAUGAUGAUAGUACCUAUACCACUAGCUCAUACACAUGGGCCCCGGUCAUUGACGGUGAUUUCUUACAUGAUACCCUGACCGAUGCUGUGCGCAGUGGAACUUUGAAUACGGAUUACAUCUGGGGAAUGUACAAUACGCACGAGGGUCAAAAUUUCAUUCCUUCUGGACUGGACUACGAGGAGUUGACAGGUGGAUACAACUCAUCUGCAGCAAGCUUUCACGAGUGGCUUGUUGGGUUUUUGCCUGGAUUGUCGAGGACGCAGAUCGAGCAGGUUCAGAAUGUGUACUAUCCCGUGGUUGGAAGCACUGAAACGAUUACUGAGUAUAACACUACAUAUAUUCGUGCUGGGUUGAUCUAUCGAGAUGUGGUUCUUUCUUGCCCAGCUUACUGGGUUGCUUCAGCGGCACCUGAACGGGGCUACGUUGGUGAAUACUCGAUCGCUCCAGCUACGCAUGGAAGCGAUGCAAUUUAUUGGGACACCGUCAACUCGAUCCAGAAAACAAACCCUGUUGUCUACAAAGGAUACGCUGGGGCAUUCGCUAGUUUCUUUCAAACCGGAGAUCCCAAUGCCCAUAAACUGACCAACUCUUCAGAGCCAGGCGUACCGGAGUUAAAGGAAACAGGAGAGGAAUUUGUUAUCGUUGAUUAUGGCUUUGGCACUGCUCGUUUGACCCAUCUGGAAAAACGAUGCAACUUUUGGAAGAGCAUUGGGAAAGAUAUUCCCAUUUGA